AUUCACCAUAGCCUUACUUGUCUGGUUUUUAGAUAUUUGUUUUUGGCUUUAAUUUCCUUUCCCUCAUGGCACUUCUUCAUCCAUUCAUGUCUUGCAAAUCCUCCAUGGCCACCAUUCUCCUGCUCAUUGGCUUGCUUCACAUUACAGGGGUACAAUCCAUUGGAGUUUGUUACGGGAGAAAUGGCAACAAUUUACCCUCCGUUGCCGAUACCAUAAACCUCUACAAGCAAAACGGCAUCGGAGGGCUGCGAAUCUACGACGCCACCAACGACGUCUUCGAUGCUCUCCGAGGAAGCAACAUCGACGUCAUCGUCGAUGUUCCCAACGACAAGCUCCAAGACCUAGCCAACCCCGACACAGCCAACGAUUGGGUCCAAAGGAACAUAGUUCCCUACCCCGACGUCAACUUCAAAUACGUCGCCGUGGGCAACGAGGUUUACCCCGGAAACACCGGCGCCGAUUACGCCCUGACGGCCUUGCAAAACGUCCACGCCGCUUUAUCAGCGGCCAAUAAGGGCGGAAUCAAGGCCUCCACCGCCACCUACUCCGCCGUGUUAGACAACACCUACCCACCAAAUAACGGCGUGUUCAAGGAUGAAGCCAAGAACCUAAUGGAACCCAUCGUCCAAUUCUUGGCACAAAACAACUUGCCCUUGCUGGCCAACAUAUACCCUUAUUUUGGCCGCGGCAGCGCGCCGCUGUCUUUCUCGUUAUUCUCCGACACCCAACUGAACGAUGUCGGGUACCAAAACAUGUUCGACGCCAUGCUGGAUUCCAUGUACGCCGCCGUUGAAAAGGCCGGCGGUUCCAAUGUCCAGAUCGUCGUUUCCGAGAGCGGCUGGCCGUCGGACGGCGGCCAGGACGCGUCGCCGGAGAAUGCUGCGACUUAUUAUCAGAAUCUAAUUCAGCAUGUGAAGGGAAACCCUGGGACUCCAAUGAAGCCUGGAAUUGCAAUUGAGACUUAUCUCUUCGCCAUGUUUGAUGAAAAUGAGAAAAAUGGCGAUGCAACCGAGCAGCAUUUUGGACUGUUUAGCCCGGAUGACCAGAGCCCAAAGUAUCAGCUUAGCUUCAACUGAGCUCAAGUAAUUAUAGAAUACUGAAUAAUAAUAUAUUUCUAUAUUCAACAUGUUCAUUGUAACAUGUUUAAACAAUAAAGUUUUGUUUUUAUAUU